AUGGACAGAAUGACAGAGGAUGCCCUGCGCCUGAACCUGCUGAAGCGCAGCCUGGACCAGGCAGAGGAGCGAGAGGAUGUCCUGGCCAAGAGACUGAAAAUGGAGGGGCAUGAGGCCAUGGAGCGCCUCAAGAUGCUGGCAUUGCUGAAGAGGAAGGACCUCUCUGGCAUCGAGGUGCCUCACGAGCUGCCAGGGAAGCAGGAUGGGGUGAAGGGCUACGAGGAGAAGCUGAACGGCAGCCUGCGGCCCCACGGUGAGGGCAGGACCACAGGGAGGCCUGGCAAGGAGAACAUCAACGACGAGCCCGUGGACAUGAGUGCCAGGAGGAGCGAGCAGGACAGAGGUCGCCUGACGCCGUCCCCGGACGUCAUCGUCCUGUCCGACAACGAAGCCUCCAGCCCCCGCGCAGGCUCCCGCAUGGAGGAGAGGCUGAAGGCAGCCAACCUGGAGAUGUUCAAGGGGAAGAGCAUCGAGGAGCGGCAGCAGCUGAUCAAGCAGCUCCGCGAUGAGCUGCGGCUGGAGGAGGCCAGGCUUGUGCUGCUGAAGAAACUGAGGCAGAGUCAGCUGCAGAAGGAGAAUGUGGUCCAGAAGGCUCCAGUUGUCCCAAAUGCAGCAUCGAUUGUCCAGCCAUCUCCUGCUCACGUGGGACAGCAGGGACUGUCCAAGCUUCCCUCCAGGCCUGGAGCUCAGGGGGUUGAGCCUCAGAACUUAAGGACAUUACAGGGGCACAGUGUCAUCAGGUCUGCCACCAACACCACCCUGCCCCACAUGCUGAUGUCCCAACGAGUGAUUGCCCCCAACCCUGCCCAGCUGCAGGGGCAGAGGGUCCCCCCCAAGCCUGGCCUCAUCCGCACCACCACUCCCAGCAUGAAUCCAGCCAUCAGCUACCAGCCGCAAUCCAGCUCCUCCGUGCCAUGCCAGCGGACAUCCUCCUCAGCCAUCUACAUGAACCUUGCCUCCCACAUCCAGCCUGGCACCGUCAACAGAGUGUCCUCCCCCCUGCCCAGCCCCAGCGCCCUCAACGACGCUGCCAACUCGCAGGCGGCUGCCAAGCUGGCACUGCGCAAGCAGCUGGAGAAGACCCUGCUGGAGAUCCCCCCCCCCAAGCCGCCUGCCCCCCUGCUGCACUUCCUGCCCAGCGCAGCCAACAGCGAAUUCAUCUACAUGGUGGGGCUGGAGGAGGUGGUGCAGAGCGUCAUCGACAGCCAGGGCAAGAGCUGCUCAUCCCUGCUGCGUGUGGAGCCCUUCGUCUGCGCCCAGUGCCGCACCGACUUCACCCCACACUGGAAGCAGGAGAAGAGUGGCAAGAUCCUGUGUGAGCAGUGCAUGACCUCCAACCAGAAGAAGGCUCUGAAGGCAGAGCACACCAACAGGCUGAAGAAUGCCUUUGUGAAAGCCCUGCAGCAGGAGCAGGAGAUCGAGCAGAGGCUACAGCAGCAGGCAGCCCUGUCCCCCACCGCCGCUCCGGCCGUGUCCAGCGUCAGCAAGCAGGAGAACAUCAUGAGGCACCACAGCCUGCGGCAGGCUCCCCAGCCGCAGAGCACCCUGCAGCGUGGCAUCCCCACCUCUGCCCGCUCCAUGCUCUCCAACUUCGCACAGGCACCGCAGCUCUCGGUGGCAGGAGGGCUCCUGGGCAUGCCAGGUGUGAACAUUGCCUACCUGAACGCGGGCAUGGGCGGCCACAAGGCGUCGAGCCUGGCGGACCGGCAGCGAGAGUACCUGCUGGAUAUGAUCCCUCCCCGCUCCAUAUCCCAGUCCAUCAGUGGCCAGAAAUAG